AAAGGGCGAAGACGAAAUAAAACAAGCAACGAAAGAAACCACAUUUCAUUCGCUUCUUUGCUUGUCAUCUUACACCAAAACUCUUGUUUAUUUCUCCCAUCCUUCCCAAACACCGACACUGCUCCCCAGUCGUCAAACCCUAAUCCCUCAAUUUUACAUUCUAUGGAUUCUUGACCAGUGCUUCGCAGAGUUGGGGAGGCAUAUGAGGUGUGGUAACCACGACUUCAGCAUACUGUUGUUUCGGGACUUGUCGCUUAUUGAGGUAUCUUGGUGCGUAAAGCGGGAGAAAGUUAGUUAUUUAACUGAAAGCAUUGUUGGCGUUUUGCGUGUUGGGUUUGGACUCUAAUUUUGUCAAGGGAGAAUUGUUUUAAUGGCUGAAGGAGAGGAGGGCAUUGAGCUUAAGUUUCGAAUAUUUGAUGGAACAGAUAUAGGUCAUAGAACCUAUCCGCCAUCUACCACUGUUGCAACUCUUAAGCAAAGGCUAGUUGCUGAAUGGCCUCAAGAUAAGUCCGUUAUACCAAAAUCAGCAGGUGAUAUGAAACUUAUUCAUGCGGGAAAGUUUUUGGAGAACAGCAAGACACUUUCCGAGUCCAGAAUACACAUUGGUGACCUCCCUGGAGGUGUCAUAACGAUGCAUGUAGUGGUUCAACCUCCUGUUGCGAAGAAAAAGACAGACAAGAACAAGGACGAAAAGCCAAAACAGGGUACUUGCUCGUGCACUAUUCUCUAGAGUGAAAGGCUAUCUUGCUGCCCCCUAAUGAAGUACCACCUUCUCGUUUCGUAUUUGCAUGGUUCUUUAUGAAUCAGUUUAUUGUUGAUGUAGCAUUUGAAAUGCAUCUACAGUUCAUGGGGAACACGAGUUGAAAGAAAAUCAGUAAAGGGCAUCAAUGAUUUAACCGGUCGCCUUCACUCUGUGUUAUUGCAUUACAUGACUGUUUUGUCGAUAUUCAAAAUUUAAGUGUCUAGUUGUCUAUUGUCUACUGUCUGCUGUCUGCUAGAAAUUUAUUUUCCUUAUGCUUGUGUAGCCGUGUGUGAGUAAGAGGGAUGCAAUUUGUUACGGUGGUGAAUGGUGAUACAUAACAGAAGACUUGUCACUGUUUACUGUAAGAUUUAAUGAGAAUUUUGAAGAUUAUAGAAUUGAACAUUAUUGUUUUAUGUAGUGCAUAUAAUAUUAUAUGUC